UUCUGGUUGAAAGUUGAAAACAAAAACCAACUUCAAGAAAGCACUACCUUUUUGUUAAUGUUGUGAAUAUAUGGACAUGUAUUACAACCAAAUCUAUAGCAGCUUGGACCUUCUUCUACCACCAGGACAUUCCCACAAGUUGGGCAAAACAUCAACAUUUCGAAAAAAUUCAUAGAUAAAUCAUUAAAACUUUAUAUGCAGAAGUAUUUUUGGUGUAUAAUAAGACGGUAUGAUUUUUAAACAGAAUAUUAGUUUUGUCAUUCGAGACUUGAUCCAAGAUGGCAGCGCCCAUAUUUGCAAAUGCAAAAUUUCAACUAAAACCCUAAUAACAGGAAAGUACCGAGGCAGUAAUUAUUAAAUUUAGUCCAUAGUCUAACCUUUAAUGGUUUCUAUAAAUAAAAUGUCACAGUCAAAUGAACAAGGAUCUUCAAACCACAACAAAUGCGAAGAAGGAGAAUAUGUGGAAUCAAAAACUGAAGAAAAAGAAAAGAUGGAUGAUAAAGAGUCAGAAGAAGAUACAAAUUCACAGCAGUGCUUGACUCAUGUUAAAGCCAUGUCCCUGUUUAAAGAUGGCCUUGCUGAUUUGAUAACUUCUGAUCCUCUGACCUUUGAUCUGCCAACUGAAGUGACCCUUGAAGAAAUCAACUCUCUUAUAGCCCUUGAACAUGGCCAGUCAAUGAUGGUUAAUGUUAGACGCGGUGACAACUCUGUUCUCCCUGUGGUGGUGGUUCAAGCAGCCACAGUGUUGGAUCUAAAGAAUGCCAUGAAACGUCACUUAACGUUAAAGCAAAAACGAGAGGGUGGUACAUCACAUAUAAGUUGGCGAUAUAUUUGGAAGACUUACUGGUUGAUUUACCAAGGAGAAAAGCUACAGGAUGAUACAAAAGAAUUGAGAGCCUAUGGUAUACGUAAUAGGGAUGAAGUAACUUUCAUGAAGAGAUUGAAGGAGAGGUGAUGGGUUCCAGAAUACUUAUAUUGAAU